UGUUCAAGGAUCAGGCAAUCCUAUUCCACUUUCACCACAAUGGCUUCUUUCAAAGCCAGGGGAGAGUAAGCCUGGAAUAGGAACUAUGCUUAUGGAGAUUGCUCCGAAGUCGUGAAGCCGCUGGAAAAUGGUGAGGGGAUGCAUGAUACCCCAAAGAAGGAUGUUUUUAGGCCAUCCUUACUUGAUAUGGAAACUGGUCGGCGAGAACAAUGGCGUGAUGAAGAACGAGACACCCAUUCAUCUGUGCACAAAGAUCAUUGGAUGGAUGGUGAUAAAGAGCUCGGUGACACCCGCAUGAUGGAUCGAUGGGCAGAUAACUUGCCUUCGAAACAAUUUGGAGAAGCACGCCGUGCACCCACCGAGCAGUGGACCAAUUAGGUAACAGGGAUUCGAACUAUGAUCUAAAGCGAGAGAGCAAAUGGAACACACGCUGGGGGCCUGAUGAUAAAAACAAUGAAAGGUCACGAGAGAAUGGGCUGACUCUGGAAGAGAUGGUAAUAUGCCUCUUGACAAAGGGUUGUCUCAUCUUUCCAGUCAUGGAAAGGAAGUGAGGGAGGGUGACCACUUUCGGCCAUGGAGAUCCACCUCUUCUCAAAGUCGAGGAAGGGGAGAGCUUCCUCAUCACCCCACACUAACUCCAAGCAAACAGGCUCCCAUGUUUUCUUACGGCCAGGGACGUGGUGAAAGUCAUCCAUCAACAUUUUCUUCUGGUCAUGCAAGGGGAAGUUCUGGUGGAAACCCAGGGGCUAGUAUACCUUCUCAUCAUCAAAAUCUGUGAAUCACAUCUGAGAAGGGUGAUAUUGAAUGUGGGGAGCCAUCCCCUUUAAGAUAUAGUAGAAAAAAAUUGCUACUUAUAUAUGAGGACUGACAUGAGAGUUUACGAGAAAUUCGUAGAAGAGCCUGUAUCGGUGCCUUCACUUACACAGAAUGAACCAUUGGAUCCCCUUGCUCUUUGUGCUCCUAAUCCUGAUGAAAUGCUUGUUCUAAGUGGAAUUGGCAAAGGGGACAUAACAAGUGGUGGUGCUCCACUGAUGGCUAAAGAUGGGCCUGUCGGCCGGAACUCUACUGAAUUUACUCAUUCAAGACGAAACAAGAUUGGAAGUAGAGAAGAUUUACCACCUGCUGUUGAUGAUUCUAAAGAGGAAAGAUCUGACAUUCCAAACAGCAGUUAUUCACAGUUUGAAAAGCUGAAGGGAUAACCAGAUACUAAAUUAAAACCGGAAGCUGUGGAGAAUAGGGGUCCUUACAGGAGGGAUGAAGAGGUUCCCAUAAGUAGGGAAUCAAGUAUACUAAUCACAAACUCAGUU